AUGUCGUCCGCGCCCAUCCGCGACUCUCCGAUGCUCGCUACACUCUUCUUCUCUCUCGUCACUACUCCGUCCGCCGCCAUCUUGACUCAGAUUUUCUUUUCCAACUCUUUACAUUCUUCCCCAUCCUGCAUCUCAUCUCCAAUUGAGCUACACACAGCCCUCACAAUGACUUCCGAAACCCCCGCUGCCAACGGCAAUGGCUCGUCCGCCUCUGCCUCCUCCUCCUUUGCCGUCAAGGCCGGCCUCGCCCAGAUGCUCAAGGGCGGCGUCAUCAUGGACGUGACCAAUGCCGAGCAGGCCCGCAUCGCCGAGGAGGCCGGCGCCUGCGCCGUCAUGGCCCUGGAGCGCGUGCCCGCCGACAUCCGCAAGGACGGCGGCGUCGCCCGCAUGUCGGACCCGGCCGUCAUCAAGGAGAUCCAGGCCGCCGUCACCAUCCCCGUCAUGGCCAAGGCCCGCAUCGGCCACUUUGUCGAGUGCCAGAUCCUCGAAGCCCUCGGCGUCGACUACAUUGACGAGUCCGAGGUGCUCACCCCGGCCGACGACGAGUACCACGUCGAAAAGUCCCCCUUCAAGGCGCCCUUUGUCUGCGGCUGCCGCAACCUCGGCGAGGCCCUGCGCCGCAUCGCCGAGGGCGCCGCCAUGAUCCGCACAAAGGGCGAGGCCGGCACCGGCGACGUCGUCGAGGCCGUCCGCCACAUGAAGACGGUCAACCGCCAGAUCGCCGAGGCCAAGGCCGCGCUCGCCGAGGGCGGCAUCAUCCGCAUCCGCGAGCUCGCCCGCAAGCUCGAGGUCGACGCCGAGCUGCUGCGCCAGACGGCCGAGCAGGGCCGCCUGCCCGUCGUCAACUUUGCCGCCGGCGGUGUCGCCACCCCGGCCGACGCCGCCCUCAUGAUGCAGCUCGGCUGCGACGGCGUCUUUGUCGGCUCCGGCAUCUUCAAGAGCGGCGACCCGGCCAAGCGCGCCAAGGCCAUCGUCCGCGCCACCACCCACUACAAGGACGCUGGCGUCCUGGCCGAGUGCAGCACCGGCCUCGGCGAGGCCAUGGUCGGCAUCAACUGCGACAGCAUGAAGCCCGAGGAGAAGCUGGCCGGCCGUGGCUGGUAG